AUGUUCAAGUUGGUAGUUUUGUCCGCUUUGGUGUGCCUCGCUGCCAGUGCCCCAGCACCAGGUUUCCUUCACGGAGGUUACGCCUUACCGGCCGCCACUAGCUACAGUUCCAGGGUCGACUUGAUCCACAGCACCCCCAUCAUCAAGACCUACGCCGCUCCUGCCAUCGUAGCCACCCCUGUCAUCGCUAAAACCGUCAGUUAUGCCGCUCCAGUGGUUGCCAGUUAUGGUGGGCAUGGGUAUGGCCUAGGAGCUGGACUGGGACAUGGAUACGGUUUGGGACAUGGUUAUGGAAGUAUUGGAUAUGGUCAUGGUUGGUAA